AAGGCAUAAGCGCACAAAUGGUCGUCGGAUAGCGCGACUGAUAGGCAGGAAGAAGCGGAAGAGGACACGGGAUCGCGUAAGAACAAGGAUCAGCUGAUUUCCUCAUGUUUAGAUGGGAUUGCGUAAAGAUCCUUACUGCAUAACGCUCGACGUCCCCUCGUGCGAGGGUGAAGAAUGGAAACAACCCUCUACCCAGGCACCGUGAACACUCCGAGGGUCUCCAGCGUUUAUUGCCAGAGCACGAUGAUGAAGAAGGACAUUAAUCUGAACCUGGACGACCACAACUCCGAGCUCAAAUCCAACCCGCUGCGGGACGCAGACGGACUCCUCAACUCCCCGGAUUUGGGACUCUUGAAACUAACCUCUCCGGACCUGGAGCGCCUUAUCAUCCAGUCCAACGGUCUGGUCACGACCGCGAACCCAGCCUCCCAGUUCCUCUACCCGAAGUCCGCCAGCGACGAGCAGGAGUUCGCGGAAGGUUUCGUCAAGGCGCUGGAGGAUCUCCACAAGCAGAAUCAGCUGAGCGAAGCGGGGUGCGUCUCCGUGGACAGACUGGAUCUCCUCGGAUCGGCCCAAGCAGUUCACUCCGGCGGGCUUCAGACAUCAGACCUCCCCGUUUACACCACCUUGAACGGGUAUGCGGCCAGUCCGAUCGGAGCCACCUCCAUCAACUACUCCACGGACACCAUCCCCUUCCCGCCGCCUCCAUCUCAUCUGGCCAGCGCGCAUCAACAGGCGGCCGCCGCGGCGGCUCUAUCGCGGCUCCAGUCUGGCGGGUUGGUGAAGGACGAGCCGCAGAUUGUACCGGACAUGCAGAGCUUCGGGGACAGCCCUCCGUUGUCCCCAAUCGACAUGGACAACCAGGAGCGCAUCAAGGCGGAGAGGAAAAAGCUGCGGAACCGAAUAGCUGCCUCCAAAUGCCGCAAGAGGAAGCUGGAGAGGAUCUCUCGGCUGGAGGACAAGGUCAAGAACCUAAAAACGCAAAACACCGAGCUGGCCUCCACAGCCAGCGUCCUCAGGGAGCAAGUGGCCCAGCUGAAGCAGAAGGUGAUGAACCAUGUCAGCAGCGGAUGUCAGCUUUUGCCCAACCAGGUGCAGGCUUACUAAAACCCAGCAUGGCGGAGCUCUCCUUCGUGGAGGUCCACGCGGCUCUAACUAUGCGCCGAGGACGCGGGGCCUGCAUGAAGCGGACCAGUUGCCUUUUGUCACACGAAAUCCUUAUCAGAGAAUUGAUACGAGGCCAUUGUAAAUGCGGCCUCCGGGACAAGCCUGCGACUGAUGAACAUUGUCUUCUGCACUGCAGUGCAAUUUACCAGAGUCUCCUGGAAUAAUGACAGGUCAACCAUCGCCGGGUGGGGGCUGCAGCCUCUCCUGAUUCGUGAAAUGUGUUACGCAGCAAACAGACUUAUUGUGUUUUUUGUGGGGGGGAAGCCAUGUAGCAAAACUGCUAAAAAAAGUGGAUUGGCGAGGGAAAAGAUUUUAAUGCGUAUAUGCUGGACAAUCUCAAGACGAGUGCAACCAAACGCAGGGUGUCACAAAGUGCUUUCACCCAACGUGUAAUAUAAUGCCUUACUUGUUUACAAGCACUUAGCAAUGACAAAUAUAUAUAUUUUAUUUACUGAAACAUUUCUUAUUUUACAUAUGGUCUUACUUCUCAUUUUCUUCUUUUUGUUGCAAAAAUGAACACUGCAUGUCUCGUUGCUUUGGUGUACAGUAACUAUAUUGUAUUUUUUUCCCAUUGUGGUGGCUGCUGUGUAGUUCUUCAGUCACCAAACUUCCAUGAAUGUAUGUGUACGUGCUGAGAAAACCCCUAUCUAUACAUGUGUAACGGACUCUCAAGUCUCUACCUUUAUUAAAUUCACUACAUUACCAAAGCUUCUCGUAAG